GGGUAGACAAAGGAAUCUCAUAUAUCACACUUAACCUUUCAUUUAUUCACACAUUUUUACACUUUAGUCCUUAUCUUUCACUUCAUCUUUAGUUUUUUUCAUAUUUUUAAUUUUAUAACAACUCCAUUGGUAUUUUUAUACUUUUCCAUUUUUUAAAAUUUAUAUCCUUUACUUUUAUUAAUUUUUUUAAAUUAAAACUUCCAAUUUUAUUAAAAGUUUUGGAUGAUACUUUAUCACUAUUUAAUCUGAAUAUAAAAUAACUUUAUCGAAGACUGUGUGAAGGGAUGGGCAUUAAGGUGUUAAAAUGGUUAAAAUUCGUUACUCUGAAGAUGUAGUAAAAUUAAUAUCGCAACUGUACCUUUCCGAACAGACGACUGAUUUUGAAGAUUUUUUAGCCCGUUUAGACGACUGGUUGUCGUUUUUUGAGAAUCAUUGGAACAUAUUAAUUGAACCAAUUAAAAAAGAGUUUUUUGAUAAUUAUGUGUUAAAAUUAGACUAUGAAGAGCUUUUGAAUUUGGAUGUUCCUCCGUCGGUUGAGGCCUUCAAAAAGGAUUUCUACUCCUCUCCUGAGCUAAUAAUUGCUCUGAUUUCAUCCUCGCUUCACAUUUUAUCCAUUUCAAAGUAUAAUCAAACUCGGCUAGUAAAUUUUAAUGAUGAUAAAAAGGUUAACGGAGUUAAUUGUAGAUUAAAUGACAGUGUUACUACUGCAUCAAAUUUAUAUAAACCUUCAACUAACUGUACAAAUGUACAAACAAGUCAGUCAAACUGUGUAAAUAACUUUUAUGACGCUGACCCAUCCAUGAAUAAAAAAGUUAACACUAAACUAUAUCAAAAGUCAGGUCAAGAAAAUAAUGUAAAGAGGGAGGAAGAUUGUUUUUUAAACAGUUUAGGACCAGAAUCUAGUUUAGCAUACCCUAAGAAACAAUCUCAGGAUGAAGUAGAUGAUUAUGCAGCUCUUCUCAAUCACUUCAAUGACACAGUGACCACAAAUAGCAUAUUCGCCAACUCGUCUAAUAUAAGUCAAGUUUCCAUCCUGAAUGAAUUAGAUCGUGCAAGAUCAAAUUUAGCAUGUGAAGUUAAAAAUGAGCAAUCUGGCUCUAUUUACUCAGGCUCAGCGAAUUUUUCUGGCACCAUGAGUUACAGUAAUACUCAAGUAAAUAACACACAGGCUAUUAACUCCCCAAUGAAUAUUUCUCAGAAUAACAGUGGAGUUGAGAAUACUCCACAAUUAUUCCAAAAAAACGAUAAAAAAAUUAUCCAGGAGGAUGCGGAACAGGAUAAUAUAGCAGACAAGGAGGAUAGUACUAUAAUAAUAGAAAAUAAAUUAAAUAACAUACUAAACAGUACAAAGUUGAGCAAGUAUAUAUACUUAAACGAGAUAAGAUAUAAGUAUGUGAUAGUGCGAAUAUAUAAUUAUAAGCCUAUAAUAAGCUUUAAUAAUUUAAGAUCUCACACUAUUGGCUGUAUCGCAUCAGUACUCGGCCAAGUGAUUAGAAUCAGUAAACCGAAAACUCUAAUCCUGUUUGCACUGUUUACUUGUGCAAAGUGUGACGAGUGUUUUUUUAAAAAGUUCAACUCAGGGAUUUUUACUUCACCUAAAAGUUGUAUUAACCAGUCUUGUAAUAGUAAGCUUUUCAUCCUUAAUAAACAUUACAUUAUCACAAACACAUAUCAGAUUCUCAGGUUACAGGAGUAUAUAAUUGAUGACAUGAAUAAUAUCAAAACCAAUUCAAUACUUGAUAUACAGAUAAUGGACGACCUGAUUGGUAUGUACAAUUUGGGUAACAUAUUGAAUAUAAUUGGUAUCAUAAAGAUAAAUAAUGAAGUGAGUGCACUUCAAAAUGGCUCUAGUAACAGUCUUGUGUACAAGUUGUACCUGAACACAAUUUCAAUUAACAUUUACAACAACAAUAAUCUGAACAAUAAUAAACACUCGAAUUAUUAUAAAUUUAUUAAUGACAUUUUCCACAACGAGCCGAACAGGUUUUACCUCAUCGCAACAUCUCUUUUCCCAAAUCUCAAAGGCCACUACCACAUCAAAGUUGGACUGCUGUUGAGUUUGUUUGGAUUUAAUCACACGAGUAGUAAUAAAAUGCUAAGAAGCGGUGCUAAGGUAAAGCGGGAAAAUAUCCAUGUACUGUUAAUCGGUGAACCCGGUGUCGGUAAAAGUCAUAUGCUAUCCUGUAUUUCAUCUCUCGGGAAUCACGUUGUGAAUGGGAAUAAUAUAAGUAAUAGUGGGUUGAAUGUUGGUAUUAUAAAGGAUAACAAUAAUGAAUAUAACAUUGAAGCUGGAUUAUUGGUACUAUAUAACAAUUCAAUACUAUGUAUUGACGAGUUGGACAAACUCAACUCCACGAACAUACUACUGGAGGUGAUGGAGAAACAGAAAGUAAGCAUAGCAAAAGGUGGAAUUAUUAAGACACUCAACGCAAAUACUACUUUAAUCUGCGCCCUAAAUCCAACACACUCAAAAUUCAAAUUCACUAAUGAUAACAUAAUUGCGAAUAAUAUAAAGCUGUCAAAUUCGUUGUUGAGUAGAUUUGACCUCAUAUUCCUCCUAAUAAACGAUAAGAAUAAUUAUUACGAUAAUUGUGACGACAACAAUGAACUCGUCAGGAAGCUAAAGUCAUUCCAAAAAUAUGAUUACUUGAAUAACGUGUUGAUAAAUGAGUAUAUUGAGUAUAGUAAGAAGUAUGUGAACCCGAAGUUCAGCAAGGAGGGGAAGCUAAUGCUAUACAAAUUCUUCAAGGAUAUUCUGGAAAUGUCAAAUAAAAAUUGUGAUGCCAACGGGAAUCCAAUAAACAACUGCCUCAUGAAAGUGACAAUACGACAAUUACAAGGACUCAUACGACUGUGCAAGAGCAGAGCUAGAGGCGACUUGUUGAAUGUGAUCACAGCGGAUCACGUGAAGGAUGUGAUUGAAAUCUUCAAGAACACAAUUUACUAUCCGUUAUACGCAGUUAACCAGAACACAGUGGAAACACCCGUGAAACCAGCUCCCGUGAAGAAAUGCAAUAUCAUCAAAAUAUUUUUGAAUGAAAUCAAGACGACGAACAUGGAAAAAAUGACCAACGGAAUGAUAAAGGAUAUGGCUAAAGAAUUAAUCGAGAAAAAUAACAUCAAUAUGGACCCAGACGAAUUAAUCUACAAGGUGAAUAACAUGGGAUUUAUACUUAAGGAUGGCACAUCAUGGAAAAUUAACAUUUAAGGAGGAUUCCAGUGAUUAUAGUACUCAGUUCAUGACUGGGAGUUCCAGCGAAUAUUUAUAAAUUUACCCAGUAACUAAUAUGUUACUCAAGUAUUA